AUGACGAUCACUCUGCUCGACAUAGCGGCCCCGACUGGUAUAUCAAAGCCGCGUGUGCAAUCAAAGAGAGCCUUGGAUCCAACUUCAUUGAUAGCCUUCGGCCGAUCUUACAAAUCACUCUACAACAGCAAUGCACCUCUCAUUCCUGGUGAACCUGUAUCCGACAACGAGCGGGUGGCCUUCCUUCAUUACUGGUUUGGCCGAUUCGUGAUUUGCACCCACCAACCCCCACGGAUGCGCAUACCACCUCUGCGCUCUUCACCGGCGAAUGUGUCAAUCUUGAUGAAACUGUGCUCUGCCACCUCUAUCGCGGCAUGUAUACCAUCGUUAACCGUGUCAAGGAGGCUACAGACGAAAGUGGCAUCCUCAGUGCUGGACCUCUAUGGCUACUACAACUUUGGCUGCAUGCUUAUUUCCCGGCGACUCGCGGCCUUCAACCACGGACGGCAGUUCAAGAUACCACCAUGCUCACAUAUGGCCAUUGUUUGGCUAAAGCGGCUUCGCGAAAAGGGGAUUUUACUAAUUAUUUACCUUCUUUUAUGA